AUGUCAAACUUUAUUAUAUUAGAGGCACUGGUAACAGCUGCUCUUUGGGCUAGGAAUGUCCACUUAGUACUGUUGGGAGUUGUUCUAAGUGGUUAUUGUUUUGUGAUGGCUGCUAUACGUAAAAAAUUAGUUAUAGUUGGCGAUGGUGCUUGCGGAAAGACUUGUUUGUUGAUUGUAUUUAGUAAAGAUCAAUUUCCAGAAGUAUAUGUGCCUACUGUGUUCGAGAAUUAUGUUGCUGAUAUCGAAGUUGAUGGAAAGCAAGUGGAACUAGCAUUGUGGGAUACUGCUGGUCAAGAAGACUACGAUCGGCUAAGACCACUUUCUUAUCCUGAUACGGAUGUUAUUUUAAUGAGUUUUUCUAUUGAUUCACCAGAUUCAUUAGAAAACAUACCUGAAAAAUGGACCCCUGAAGUAAAACAUUUUUGCCCAAAUGUACCUAUCAUUCUUGUAGGAAAUAAAAAAGAUUUGCGAAAUGAUCCAAACACAAUUAAAGAGUUGGCAAAAAUGAAACAAGAACCAGUUAAACCAGAAGAAGGUAGAGCUAUGGCUGAUAAAAUUAAUGCCUUUGACUAUCUUGAAUGUUCUGCCAAAACAAAAGAUGGGGUUAGACAAGUGUUUGAAACAGCUACCAGAGCUGCUCUACAAGUCAAAAAGAAGAAGAGGAACCGCAAAUGUAAGCUUCUUUGAGGGUGCAAGUUCUUAUAAUGAAGCUGAAGUAUUAGUUUCAACCAAAAUUCAGGUUUUGUUUAUUGGCUCCACCAUGUUUAAUGGUAUGUACAAGACAGGCAGUUUUAACAUCGAAAAACUUUAUUAGUUUUAGGCUGCCCUUCAUCUCUACAUAAGGCAAGUGCUUACCAUCAUUUAUUUUAGAAAUACAUUUUUGAGGAAUGUACAAACAUUGUAUUAUAACAAAUAAAACUUUUUAAAGUUACUGUAUAUUGUCUACUAGCUAGUAGAAAUUUGUUAUCGAUUCUAAUCAUAUUAAACUUAAAAGUGGCCCUGUUUGAUAUUUAUUUAACUCUUAUAUUAAUUGAAAGUUAUUUAGACUUGAAAAUACUUUAAAUCUAUAUUUUGAUGAUGGUAGGGAAUUGUUUGAAAUAUAGAGAAAAUUUUAUGAUAUAUAAAUAUUUGAUGUAUACAUAAUCUAUAACUAACUAUAUGAGGUAUUUUCGACGACUUCCUUGUUGGGCUUCAAAAUUUGUCUUAAGUGAUAUAAGUGAACCUUUUUAUGGUUUUCUAGAGAACCUUUAUUAUUGUCUUAUUAAGAAGUUACUUUAUUAUAUGUUUAUAUGAAUAUUAUGUAGCACUGUUUUGAUAUAUUAUUGAUUUAUUUAGAUUAUAUGCUUAUUACUUUUCUUUUAUUUUCUUAACAAAUGUCUUUUAGUCCCUUUUCUUGCUAUGUUUUCAUUUUAUAUGUUAGUAAUAGUUUACAGUCAUAUAGUUAACUAUAAAGAUUAUUGCUAGAGAAUAGAAUUUAAUGUUUUUUGAGUAUUUAUUAUUAUUCUAUAUAAAUAUAACUAUAUAUUCUUAAAUAAAAUUUUUAUUUCAUUUAUAUGCUAUUAUAGUGCAAAUACUUUUGGGAAUUUAUUCGCACAAACAUUAUUCUUGUUUACAGAGUAUUUAUGUUAUAAACAUUAUCGCUUUGUGAAACCCAAUCUUUAAAGAACAAUAAACUAUAAGUAAACAAAUGUGUUAUUAAUUUUUGCAUCCUUAAGAUUUAUAUUAUUUUGGGUACAACUUUAAAAAGCUAAUUCUGAAUAGCUUUAAACUUAAAUUAAAAACAAAACAAAAAACCUGGUCAUUCCUAACCUUAACUUGUUUAUGGUUGCUUUGUGACAAAUGCAGUUUUUAAAAUUGUUUUAUGUUAUUUAUCUCAUAACAUUAUCAUAUUAAACAUGGAUAUGCCAACUUAAAAAAUUUAAAAUGGGAUGUUUAAAUUUUAAUAUGUUAAUUAUUUUUUAACUUUAAGGUGGUGGUUGUUAUAUUCCUUACAUAUAAAUAUAUUUGUAUCUUUUACUUUCGUUGUAUAAUCUUUAGUGAAGUAUGGUACAAUAAUUUAUUAUAAAGUUCCAUUAUUUACAUGAUUUAUUUUCUAAGUCUUUUAUGUAAUAUCAUUUGAGAUUAGGUAGAAUGAUUGAUUUCUCAUUUAAUGUACUAUUAAUUUGACUUCAAGUUAUUGAUUUAUGAUAAAAAUUAUCUAUGGAUCACAAUCUUCUUUAGAUAUCUGGACAAUAGGCUCCAAUCUAGCUGGAAAAGAGUGAGUGAUAUGAUUAAGUCAUAGUCAUACCAGGAUGUUGUAAAGCUAUGACUCAUUCAGAAUCAAAUAUGAGAAUGACAUCAAUAUUAAGAUUUUAUAAUAGUCAGCGUUUUCUUGGCAAAUAUUAAUUAUUUGUUUGAUCAGAUAAACACUCAUGUAUUAUAAUUAAAAGAACUCACAGAAACAAUUUCUUUUUUGUCAUUCAAUUUUAAUAUUUUGAAGCUCUGAAUUAGUCAAUUGAGGAUUCAUAUUUUUUUGUAUUUGUGUAUAUAUAAUUGUAUCUUCUUUUUUUAUUUUCCAAUCAAUAGUUUAAUAUCCACCAAAGAGUAUGGAUUUACUGGCUUUUAGAAUAGUCCCUUUAUGAUUUAAAAAAGAAAAAACAGACUAGAUUAUUUAUUAUUUUUUAUUAAUUUCAUCUUUCACCAACCAUAGCCUAUUAUAUUAUUUAUGUUUGUACAAUAUGUUAUGGUGGCAUAUUUAAGGGGAAAAAAAUCUUUUGGAUUGAAGGCGUAUUUUUAUAAUUUAAAUGUUACACUAAUAAUGAUAACUUCUUUAAUAAAAAAUUAUCUGAUCUUAUUAAUUUGAUUUAUUUAUAUAAAUGUUAUAUAUUUGUAGAACCCUUGAAUAUACAAGGUCAGAACCUAAAUAUACUUAGAUUAUUUAGCUUGUGACGCCCAUAACUCUCUUUUCUACUAAGUAUGCUAACAAUUUAAUUUUUAUGUUACAUACAUUUUUUCAUUCUACUCCCAAAAAAUUUUUUAAUAAAAAUUUUCUAUUUUAAUUUAUAUAUUUAUUUUUUAAAUCUCAUUGAAAAAGUAAAAGGACACUACUAUUUGUUUAUUAAUUUUGUUUUAAAUUAUUUUUUAUACUCUUGUUAUCUAGAUGUUCUGAAAAUUAAAUGAAGAAUAAAAUUGUUUUAAUUUGA